AUGAACAGAGAGGCGUUAUCGACAGCCCACAACAAGUUACGCAGUUCAAUUUUCAAUUUCAGGAGUGGAGGAUUAUCCGCACAUAUCGCUCAGAAAAAUAUUAUCACCCGCUAUAAUGUCGAGACACGUCGUCACUAUAGCUGGCGGAAUCAGGUGAUGCUGUUUUCGUCAGAAACAGCCGCCAAGAAACCAGCCACAGGCCCAUUGUUCGAUCACCACAACAAUACGUUUAGAAGCACCACAAGCCAAGGAAAGUAUGGGUCCACGGAAGUGCUGAAUGGUGAGUUAAUUUCGGAUACCAUACCUUCGGUUCCCUUGACAUACGAUUUGCUGAACGAGCACAGUUGCCAAUUUGUCUCGGAAAAGUCUCCUGUGGUCAUCUUGCAUGGUCUUUUCGGCAAUAAAUUGAACAACCGGAGUAUUGGCAGAGAGCUCAAUGAGCUGUUGGCCAGAGACGUGUACUUGCCGGAUUUGAGGAACCAUGGCGGAUCGCCCCACAUUGGCAGACACGAUUACAUUUCGAUGGCAUUGGACGUGGAGAGGUUCAUCCAAGAGGUCGUCAUGAAGGCCCCUGGUGCAAAGAAACCCAUAAUCAUCGGCCACUCCAUGGGCGCGAAAGCUGCGAUGAGCGUUGUGCUAAGGAAACCCGAUCUGUGCUCUAUGCUCGUCAGCAUUGACAACGCCCCCGUUGCAACGCCACCGCUAAACGCCUUCCCACGCUAUACGAAGAAGCUGCUACAGAUAAUCAACGAGCCACAGAUCGAAACAGUGAAGCAGGUCGACGACGCGCUCAAGGACGUCGAGGACAGUCCUGUCGUACGGCAAUUUCUCAUCACGGUUCUGCAGAGAAGCAAGAACAAGGACACCGGUAAGUGGGGAUUCACUUCGAAGAUACCAUUGGGAAUUCUGAAUGACGCCAUCGUCAAGGGAAAUGUGUCGAACUGGGAGUUCAACCCCUGGGUGCACAGAUACUGCGGCCCUGCCUUAUUUAUCAGGGGUACGAAAUCGCACUACGUUGCCGAUGAACAUUUGCCCGACGUCGCCAAUUUUUUCCCAAACUUUGAAGUCAGAGAUAUCGAUGCAGGUCAUUGGGUCAACUCUGAAAAGCCAAAGGAGUGUGUCCGUGACAUUGUUGAAUUUGUCGAGAGACACGAGGACGAGCUAGUUUCCCCAUCGUUCAGGUUCCAAGGUUGA